AUGAGUUUCGUGGUGCACAAAUCGGUGUUACCACCCACCGGCGCGGACGCGUGCGUGUCGUGCUUUUUCACCCCCUCUUCGAAUUCUAAUAAUAACGACUUUAAGGAGGCGUUUGAAAAUGGUGAUGAAAAUGAUGAAAACGAUGAUGAAAAUGUCAUCGUCGCCAGUGGCAACCGUUUGACGAUCUACUCGGUGAAGAGACGACGACGAAAAGAAAGAGGGGAAGAAUGCGACGACGAGGAAGAAAAAGAGGAUUUAAACGAGGACGAGGAAAUUGUCGUCGUCCGAUUAGAAGUGAUUUCCGAAUUCGACGUCAACGGGACGAUAUCGGAUUUGUGCGUGUUGAAACAUCCGAAGCGAUUUUUGAUGGAGACCAAUACUACUACGAAUAAUAACAAUACCAACGUUUCGUCGAAAAAAGGAACAAAGACGCGGUAUUUAGAUGGCCUUUUAAUAACUAUUCGCGAGUCGAAAGCGGUGUGCGUGUGUUGGGACCCGGAGACGAGGAAAUGCGUCUCGACCAGCUUACAUUUUUGGGAGGACUUCGCCGGCAACGAAGGGAGCAGCGCGGCGACGACGAGCAUAGACGGAACGAGUUCCGGGUUGAGGAUUGGAAACGUGCCUAUUAUUGGGAGAGCAGAUCCAGAGGGUAGAUGCGCGGCGGUGUUGCUACGGAACGAGGAGAAGGCGAAAGUGAAGAUUAUGCCGGCGAGCGAAACUUCGACGAGUAGUAAUUAUAUCAAAGAGAGUAGUAACGGUAGUAAGAAAAUGACGACGAAGAAAGAGGGAGAAGGUACGGUAUACGUACCGGCAACGAUAGGAAGCUCGUUCGACUUAGACGUGAGGAAAAUAUUAGGCCCAUCGGCGGCGUUUGUUCGCGAUUGCUGUUUCUUACACGGAUACGGCGAACCGGUGUUGAUGAUUUUAUACGAAUCGAAUCCUCCGACGUGGAGCGGUAGAUUGUCGUUAAGAAUGGACACGUGCAAGUUAGUCGCGGUAUCAAUCGAUUGCACGAAGAAGAAAUACACAAUCGUGUGGACGAGAGAGAAGUUGCCGUCGGCGGCGUAUUCGUUAUUCCCGGUGCCGAACCCGCUCGGCGGCGUCCUCGUGCUCUCCUCCGGUCACAUUUUAUACGAGUCGCAAUCCUCCUCGGCGACGUAUAUUAGCGAUUUCUUAGGCAAAGGAGGACCGCAAGAAGGAAACUUCGCGGAGGAAAUUGCGCGGAACAACGGCGUUGAAGGUCAAGCCGCGCAUGCGAAUCCAGUACCUCACGUGAACUCAAACAAAAACGUGUCGAGUUACGAGACGACGCAGAACGAAUUCCAAGUGCAACUCGACGCGGCGAAGAUUGAAAUGAUCAGGGAGAACGUGGCGAUUAUCAGUUCAAAGACCGGUCAAUUGAUAACGGUUAUUUUAGAAACCGUGGGUGGUGCUGCCUCGGUAGGAAGUAAAGUUGGUCGCAGGUGUAGACGCAUACGCGUGCUAAAAUCCGGGAAUGCCGUUUUAAGUUCCGGCUUGGCGGCGGUUGGUAAAGAUCUACUCUUCAUCGGCUCGCGCGUCGGCGAUUCGCUUUUAAUCGGGUACGAACGAAAAGAGAAAGGAAAGAUUGGAGAUUUGAAAAUGUUGCCGGCGAAGGAGAAACAGGGAACCGAAGAAGAAGAAGAAGAAGAAGAAGAAGAAGAAGAAGAAGAAGAAGAAGAAGAUCCGUACGCGGACCCGGAAGAAAACGCGAGGAAGCGCAAAGCGUCGAAAGGGAAAGGCGGUGUUACGAAAAUUGCUAAGAAGAUGUCACCUCCACCCGCACCAGAACCAGCGACAGAGGAAGAGAAGGAAAAGAACGAAGACGAAGAGUUAGAAGCACUGCUGUACGGUACAUCCGUAGAGGCUGCCGGCGGUGUCGGUUUGAACGAGUACGAAAGAGCAAAUAAAUCGACGACGACGACAGCCGGAGGCGAGUCGAAAACGUUCGCGUCUUACGUCGACCGCGACGACACGUUUGAAUACAAGUUUUCCGUGAAAGAUUCUUUGCUUUGCAUCUCACCUGUUGUUGAUUUAACUGUUGGUGCGAGCGCUCCAGUCGGAACGGACCUCGACCCGCGGACGGAACUCGUCGCGGCUUGCGGCCACGGUAAGAACGGCGCGUUAGCGAUUUUAACCAGAGGCAUCACCCCGGAGCUCGUCACCGAGGUCGAGUCUGGCGCUUUGCCUGGAUUGCGAGCAUGUUGGGCGACUCGGACCGAGGAUGAUAACGAUGGCACCGUUCGACCGAAACGCAAAGACGAACUGUUUGACGAACACUUAAUCUUGUCCUUAUCUUCGACGAAAACGACGAUGGUUUUAGAAACCGGAGAGGAGUUGAGAGAAGUUUCCAAGGAGGUUGAUUUCAUCGUCGACGAAGAGACGCUGGCGUGUGAGAGAAUAUUCAACGGAAGAGCGAUCGCCCAAGUGACAAAAACGAAGAUCAGGUUCACGAGGAAAGGGAAGAAGUUCGCGGUGGACGAUAUCGAUUUAGCGUUUUUAAAAGGCGGCGAGGGGGCGCAGAUAACUUUAGCGAUUAUUCAAAACGACGCGAUUGCGUUGAGACUUUCGGAUGGGUCGAUCAGAAUUAUUCUUGGAGACUCGAAGACGAAUACGUUUACACUACUAGAGAAGGUUGGGGAGUUGUUCGCAUCCGACAAUCACUCGAACACGGGGAGCGACGUGACGGCGUUUACAUUGUACGACGAUUCAGUAGCUUGCACGGACUCUUUCGGUGGUGGUGGUGGUGGUUUGAACAGAGCACCCGGUUGGCUCGAGCGAACCGCUUGUGGUGAUCGCGAGGAAAAAGAUGAGAGCAAGGAAAAUAACAACGUCGUCUUUGCGACCAUCUCUAGAGACGGUACUCUCGCUUUAUACAGUCUUCCGUCUUUGAAGAAGCUUUGGUCCUCAGGCGGCGUCUCGGAUGGUCGCGAAAUACUCGCACCGAAUUCUACCGGCAUCGACAGCAUUGAUUUCAACGACGAGUGCGAAGUUGAAAAGUACACCGUCUCGGACAUUCGACUCGACGCUUUCGCCAACGCGGCGUACGAACGACCACUUUUGACGUGUUUCCGCGCCGACGGCUCAGUCUUGGCGUACCAAGCGUUCAAGUCGCCUUCAUCGAACGAACUCCGCUUCGCUCGCGUACCGAUUGAAAUCGAAACUGCAGGGAGUGAACUCACGAAUAACGACGUUUCCGUCCAAGGUGGCUCGCGUUUGACAAGAAUUGAAAACAUCGGCGACGGAAGAGGUAUCGCCGGCGUCUUCGUUUCCGGUUUGAAUCCGAUCUGGUUAAUCGUGCGCAGAGGACGAGUUCUCGCGUUACCAACCCGAGGUGAAGGCGGCGCGCGAAUCGCGUUUGCACCCUUCCACAACGUUAACUGUCCCAAAGGUUUCAUCUUAGCCACGAACGAAGGUGGGAUCCGCGUUUGUCGUCUUCCAGGUAAAAUGCACAUCGAAGCUCAGUGGCCGGUGCGUAAACUCGCGCUUCGAUGUACGCCGCGGGCGAUUACAUACAUGAACGAUUUCAAGUUGUACGCCUUGGUGACUUCCGCGUCAGUCCCGUGGAAAGAUUUCGAGAUCGACGAAACAGACUCGCACGCGAGAGCGUUGUAUCGAUUUCGCAAGGAAAAAGCAAAGUCGGAAGGCAACGUUGUGCAACAAUUCGCCAUCCGUUUGUUAGUCCCGGGCACGCUCGAGACGGCGUGGCAGAAAGCAGUCGAACCUGGUGAACAUAUUUUGUGCGUGAAGAACGUACAAAUUCGCGAUCAAUCUACGGGCGCGCUACUCUCUAUGCUUGCUAUUGGUACCGCCAUGCCUGGUGGCGAAGAUACUCCCUGUCGAGGACGAAUCUUACUCUUUGCAAUCAUGUGGGAACGCGCUCGCGACGGCGGCGUUCGGUGGAGAGGCGAAUUAAAAUGCGAAAAACCAUCAAAAAUGGCCUGCUCGGCGAUUGAAUCCGUCGAUGGAACGUUCAUGGUUGCAAUAGGAACAAAAUUAACCGCGCACUCGUGGGAUGGGAAACACUUAAAUCCGAUCGCGUUUUACGAUACGCCUUUAUAUACGACCACCUUGUGUUGCGUCAAGAACUUCCUCUUGUGCGGCGACUUGCACAAAUCUAUCCGCUUCGUUCGAUGGAAAGAUUCUCAGGGCGAGAAGACCUUAUCGCAGCUCGGGAAAGAUUACGAAGUUCUCGACUGCAUAGCCUCUGAGUUCAUGAUUGACGGUGGAACCUUAUCCUUAUUAGCCGCGGACGCCAACGGCAACGCGCACGUUUUUCAAUACGCGCCGAAACUCGCCGAAUCGUGGAAAGGCGACAAGCUUUUACCGAAAUCGGCCUACCACGCGGGUAGUUUAAUCCGCAAAAUGGUUCGCUUUCAAAUCGGUGUCGGGGAACAAAAACAAAACAGACACGCGGUUUUCUUCGGGAGCUCCGACGGUGGCUUAGGCAUCUUCUCCCCGGUAGACGAACACACCUUCUUGAACUUGGAAAAGCUCCAAGACGCCAUGCGUUCCAACAUCGUCGCCUCUUCCAACUCCAUCAACCCGCUCGGGUUGAACUCGAAGACCUACCGAGCGUUGAAAUCUUCCGAAGGUUCCGUCGCGAGACAAACUCCGCCGAGAACGAUCGUCGACGGUGGUUUGCUCUCCAAGUUUGAGCACUCGUUGUCGAUAACGGCGCAAACGAGAGUGGCGGCUAAAGCCGGCUUAACUCGAGAUCAAGCCUUAUCCUUAGCGCGAACGAUCAUAGCCGAACAAUCGUUCAUGUAA